UCGCAAUAUAGACGGAAGUGUUUGAAGGCCCUGCGAUACCUGGCUAAAACAUUCUGCGUGUUACCAAACUCCUUUUCUGUCAAUGAUGUGAUCAGGAUAGGAACACAUGCAGUAUCAGGUGGUGGAUUUGCAGACAUUUGGCUAGGGAGGUUAAAUAACAUGAAUGUUUGCCUCAAGGUUCUGAGAAUUUUUACUUCAAAUGGUAAGGUUAGCCAGCAAGUGCUGAAGGAAUUCUGUGAGGAAGCAUUGGUGUGGAAACAAUUGGAUCAUCCAAAUGUAUUGCCUUUCAUCGGCGUGAAUGAAAUCCUCUUCUCUCCAAGCUAUUGUUUCAUUUCUCCAUGGAUGAAAAACGGAAACAUCAUGACAUAUUUGGAAAACCAUCCCGAACAAAACCGGCUCCCUUGGAUCUCCCAAGUAGCAGAUGGACUACAGUAUUUGCAUGGAUUAGAUCCGCCCAUAAUACAUGGUGACAUACGGAGAGUCAGUAACUCGCAAUUCCAAAGAGAUAUUCUAUUUGUUAAACUGACAAUCUGUGCUAAGGCAAAUAUCCUCAUCAUGGAUGAUUUUAAUUGUUGUCUCGCUGAUUUCGGACUUGCACUUGUGACGGAAUCACCUAGUCUUCAUGAAAAAUCAUUGAAUUUACGUGGUUCAGUCCGCUGGAUGUCUCCGGAAAUCCUUGAUCCCAAAUUAUUCCAUCUUAUCCAGCCAAAAUCUCGAGAUAUCUAUGCGUUUGGGUGCACUGUGGUUGAGGUUGAGCUUUCAUAUGCGCUGAUAGAGAUGAUUCUGAUUUUUUUUGCUGUAGAUACUCUCUGGGAAAGUUCCAUUUCAAGACAUUAA